AUGAAGUCCGCCUUCCUUUCUCUCGCUACGGCUUCAGUCGUUGCUGCUCGCACAUUCACCGUGAAGAACAACUGCGGCUUCACUAUCUGGCCUGCCAUGUUCACCGACCUGAAUGCCGGAAGCGCCGCUCCGGAACAGACGACUGGAUGGGAAGCGCCAGCUGGCCAUUCUGUCUCCUUCGGAGUGCCAGAUAACUGGACAGCGGGUCGUAUUUGGGGCCGAACAGACUGCGACUUCUCGGUCAACCCCGGGCCCACCUCGUGCUCAACUGGGGGUUGCAAUGACGGCCUAGUAUGCAAUAUCAACAAUGGAACGGGUGUUCCUCCAGCCACAGUUGCUGAGUUCACACUUUCCGGUGGAGGCACGACGGACAACUACGAUGUUUCCUUGGUCGAUGGUUCCAACCUCCCGGUAGAGAUUACCAACAAUGUUGGCUGUCCUAUCCCGUCCUGCCCAGUCGAUUUGAAUCCCAAUUGCCCAUCCGAACUUCAGCAUCGCAACGCAAAUGGCAACGUUGUUGGCUGCUUGACCGCGUGUGCUGCCAACCUCGAUGGCAACCAGGCCGACUCACCCAACUGCUGCUCCGGAAGCCACAAUCAGCCCGAGACGUGCCCGCCUGAAGGUGUCACCGACUAUUCGUACUUCAAAGGCAACUGCCCCAACUCGUAUGCAUACGCUUUUGACGAGGGCAGCGGCACGGCGUUGUGGUACUGCGAUUCGAACUUGCGCGCAGACUAUACGGUCACAUUCUGUCCUUGA